AGUCUCAUCUACCCAAGAACAUUUACAAUUUUACCAUCCGCUACAUCAACAACUCCCUCCCUACACGUACGAAUAUGGCAAGAUGGGGAUUAUCACAAAGUCCUGAUUGCUCCUUUUGUCUUAAUCCUGAAUCACUCCUUCAUGUUGUCGCUGGUUGUCAACAGUACCUUGAUCGCUUUACCUAGAGACACGACUCAAUCCUUAACUUCAUUGCCAAGUCACUUCAACCUGUAAUUAAUGUUCACUCUUCACUCUAUGCAGAUGUUAAUGGUUUUCUGAAUCCCUUAAUAAUAACUGGUGAAAAUUAUCGUCCAGAUCUUCUUUUCCUAAUCCAGUCCAACUGCCGUAUAUGUUCUAGAAUUAACAGUUGGUUUCGAGUCUAACCUUAACAACAAUGCAGUGCGUAAGAAAGAAAAAUAUCUGAACUUGAUCAACGAAAUGAGUAGAAAUUACAAAUGUGUGAGAUUUGUAAAUCUCUCCAUGAGUUCCCUUGGCGUUUUCUCCGAUGAAUGCUCCACGUUCUUAGACAUGAUGAAUGACAUU